CAUCCGUGCUCGUCAUGGAUGUCAACAACACGGCAGCUCGCUCUCUCUCUCUCUCACCCCGCAGGAUCACAGCUGCCCCUGAACGCCCCUCGGUGUCGUCACGCACAGUCUGCAGCGGGGACACUUCACGUGUCGACGGGAGACCAUUUCCAGAAGUGUCUGUGAUGAACUGUGGGAAUGACAGAUCAUGCAGUGUCAUGUAUCAAAGGCAUGUACGCACCAUCUUCAUCAGACAGGGAUGUUGCAGCGUCCCAAGCCAAGUGACUCGGAGGAAGACCUCCUGAGAGAGCAGGAGCAGUUUCUGACACGUGGUGCCCUGUCCGCCGCCAAUGUGGUCCGCCGUCCCGACAAGAGGAGAGGCGAGGCUGGCGAGGGAGGAGGAGGAGAACACAACGGGGAGGAUGAAGGACGUCAGAAGGACGUGGUGACUAUAGAAGAUCUUCCAGACCAGCUCCCUUCUCUGACACCAGCACCCCCAAAGAAGUCUCGCUUUAAAGCCAGUCGUGUCACCUUCGAGGAUGAGGAUGCCGGGGAGAGGCUGGACAGACACGACACUCACAUCAGCGCUGUUCUCUCGAGGAUUGUUGAGCGAGAUACCAGCUCUACUCCAAUAUCUCUACCGGCAUUUACAGGCAUGGCUUUCCCCAAAGUGUUACACCGCUCAGAGAACAGCACCCAGGUGCCUCUGCCUUCAACUGGAGGGAGGAAAAGCAUCUUUGCUCAUCAGAUCGCAGCUCAGAGACUUAAAGAAGGAAAGAAGCCAUUACACCGUGCACCUGAAUCAGCUCGGACACCUGAACCCAGGGAGCAGAACCUCCCUCCUGAGACGAGUAUGGAUACAGAUCACUGUAAUGCUGCAGGUCCGAGGCUGGUAUCUGGUCAGGGCCUCGGGGGCCCAGAUAGCCCCGGAGAGACCAUGAGGAUCCACAAGGAGAACCAGACCAGACUCCAGACGAUGUCUCGGUCUGAGAUAAUUGAGGAGCAGAAGAAACUCUUAUCACAUCUUGAUCCGAGACUGGUGGAGUUUGUUAGAUCUCGCAAAGACCAGAGUGUCCCGUCCUCUCCCUCCCCAUCCAAACUACCCGAGGGCAAAAGCAGCAAGGGAAAUUUUCCUCUUAAAAACGUGAGCAGAGAGUCAGGCUCUUCCAGCGCCGCUGUGUUGUUUCACAAACCACAAGAAGUGGAGAUGGAGGGGGAGGAGGAGGAGGAAAUUUCACCACCACCUGCUAUGAUGGUGAAGCCUCAGAAAGAUUGGGUCCAUAUGGAUAAGCUGGAGCCAGAGAAGCUGGAAUGGAUGAGAGAUCUGCCUGCACCCAGAAGGAAAGGAACUACGAAGGCCAUGGAGGGUCGGUUUGACUUUGCCGGGAGUUUGAUCCCGCCCACGGAAGAUCUUCCCACUCACCUGGGUCUGCACCAUCAUGGAGAUGAGCCAGAGCGGGCAGGUUACUCCCUGCAGGAACUCUUCUUGCUGUCUCGGAGUCAGAUCAUCCAGCAGAGGAGUCUCGCCCUAAGCACUUUAGCCAACAUCAUCUCCAAGGCACGAGCUGGAGAAUACCACUCCAUUCUGAAAGGCAGUGUGAUGUCCACUCUCCUCGACGCCGGACUGCUCUUCCUGCUCCGCUUUGCAUUGGACGACAGUGUUGAAGGAGUGAUGUCUGCAGCCGUGCAUGCACUCAAAGCACUUGUAGUGUCUGCAGAAGAUGAAGAGUGUUUGGACUGCACCUUCUCCUGGUUUCGUGGCCUGGCUGCCUUCCCUCUGCUGCCGUCUGCCCAGGAGGAACAAGAUGAGGAGGAUGAAGGGCUGGAGGAAAGUCUGAAGGAGACAGCCAAGGAGAAGGAGGAGAGGAGGAGUGAUCAUGAUGUCGCCAGGCAGGAUGUUGUCAAGGGUCUGCUAAAAAUGAAACUGCUCCCGAGGCUACGUUACAUCCUUGAGGUGUUGCGACCGUCCCCUCGAGUUGUCCAGGGCGUCCUGGACAUCUUGAUUCGUUUCGCUAGGCACUCAUCCUUGUCUGCCACCCAGGUGUUGGAUUGUCCUCGCCUGAUGGAGACCGUGAUGUCCGAGUUUCUUCCCACCUCUUGGACGGCAACAUCUUCGCCUCACCCUCAGUCUGUUUAUGGACUCCCACAGGCCAGCGCCAUGAAGCUCUUAAGAGUUUUGGCCACCUCUGGCAGACAUGCUUGUGCCAGACUGUUAAACUCUUUGGGAGUGAGGGAGCGUUUGUGUCGUCUGCUGAGUGCCGAGCUCAGUGAGCUGCUGCUGGAGACCACCCAGGCUCUCAGGAUCACCACUGAGGCCUACAGGCUGUGGGCUGUAGCAGCCGCGUACGGACAGGCCAGCGACUUAUAUCUAGUCCUGUACCCAGCCUUGGUGAAGGCUUUGCAGUCUGUUCAGCGAGCGCUGAACCCCUCAGAUCCCCUGUUGCCUCUUCAGCUGCAGCGGGUUCUGGCUCUGCUGUCCUUUCUCACACAGGUCACACACACUGCGGGAUGCCAUCAGGAGCUACAGGCCGGCAUGGUCAGCUCCCAGGGAGAAGAGUGCCCCCCUCCUCCUCCAGUGUCCUGGGGUCAUGUCACGGGGUUGCAGGCGUCCUUGUUAGGCCAUUUAAAGGGCUUUGUGAAAAGCCUUGAUAAUUCAAUUCCGAAAGACAGCAGCCUCACUCUGAUACCAGCGUACCUCGUCUACCUAGAAGCGUAUUAUCAUCAGCUCUCCAGACAGAAUUGUUUCAAGCCAGUGGAGACGCUUCAAGAACUGGAGCAGCUCACAUCUGAGGUUCUUCUCCCGUUGUUUUCUCACCGUGUUGUGCAGGACCUGAUAAGGAACCUCGGGUCGUCCUCAGUAUUGUGCAAUGUCCAGUCUAGUCAUCAGAGCCCAGAGACCACCCCCAGCCUCCCUGGCUUGGCCUGUCCUGGCUGGAGGGAUCGUCCCGGGCUGGUCGUCCCCAGCUCCCCCUUCCCUCUUCUCACAAGCAUGGGUCUCCUUCUGCAAACGAUCACUGGCAUCCACAAAGGCCUCAGCUGUAAGUUCAGUGCUCUCCUCCUGUCAGAACCUGUGAUUGGAUACCUCCGCAGUUGCAGUCGGGCUACACCCAAGCUAUCUCACACCAGAGCCUGGCUCCUCCGACAUGAACACCACCUCCUCUACCUGCUGCUCAGACUGUCACACAGACUGAUUCCCAUUGAUGUGGAAGUAGCAAAACAUGCAUCACUGUACCACCAGGUGGCGCUGGUUCUGCUGUCCUGGUUAUUACCAGGCAGCGAGUUCCUGGCACAUGAGCUGUUCUCCACCAUCAUCUUCAGCAAGGACUUUAUAUCUGAGGGCCACAGCGGAGGGCCAGAGGCUAUAGAGCUGGGGCAGCUGAAGCUCUGUGAGGAAACGCAGCAUCGCACCUCUCCCUCUCUCCAGACUGUUGGUGCUCUCCUCAGAGAAGCAUGUGUCCAGCUGCCAUCUAUCCGGGGCUGCUUCCUCUCUCAGCUGGCCCAUCUGGAGUCAUCUGUGCUGGUGUCUCGAGACGCUCUCCUCGGCCACAACCCUUGGAUCAAUUCCCAUCUCCUCCCAGAGCUCACCGGUCCCACCCUGCCAUCUGAUUGGCCCUAUCUCCCGCUCGUCAGCCUGUACGAGCGAACAGGGUUGUCUGACGGCGGAGCGUUAACAGUGGAGGAGCUGCCUCAUGGGGCUCUGCAGGUGGUGACCCACUGUCUGCAGUGGCUGCUGCUGCUGGAGGUCUGGAGAGAGGAAGCUCUAAAGGUGAUCCCCCCGGUCGCCAAGCUCGCCCGCCUGUCCUGUGUGUUCCUGUGCUCCAGUGACUUGUUCCUGGAGAGACCUGUUCAGAAACUGACCUGGGGUCUGUUCAGACUGAUGACCAGGCCCUGCAGGCUAGACGCUUUGGACCUGAAUGUCCCUCCUCCAGGUUUGGCUUCCUUCCUUGACUUGUAUUCAGCCCUUUUGGCUCAGUACGAAGCCGUGUCCUUCGGAGACUGGCUGUUUGGCUGCUGGCUCCUCUUACCCCUGCAGCGGAGGUACAACGUCACCAUGAGGCUGGCUGUGUUUGGAGAACAUCUCGGGAUGCUGAGAUCACUGGGAGUAACUAUGGAGCAGCUGUCCAUCCCUAUUGAGCGGUUCACCUCUCCCCCUGAAGACUCUCUCCCUCUCCUCCGUCUCUACUUCCGCUCCUUGCUAACCGGCACCCUGAAGCUCUGCCGGUGUCCGAUCUUGUAUGUGGUUGCUUUGUCUCACGUCAACUCCUUCAUCUUUUCUCAGGACGCUGCAGCACAGGAGGUUGAAGCAGCUCGACACAAUAUGCUGAGGAAAAUCUACUACCUGACGGAUAUGGUGUUGAAGAACCAUCUGCUGCUCUUCCGUCUUCCCCGGCAGCAUUCAGAGUUUGGGUUCGAUACGUACGACCAGUUGCCUCCCAUCAGGGCGAAGCGCUUGGAGAGUGUCCUGGGUCGGCAGGACAGCAGUGAUGACAAAGGAGACUGAGUGAAGCAGCGAGUGGGGAAAAAAUAAACGAGAAAACAUUUCUGUGACCCCUGUUGCUGAAGGAAAGCAAAACCUGAGGUAAACGCGAACAGCCCCGGAUGAAGGAGCACACAAGUAGUUUUUAGUACUAAACCAGAGACCAUCUUGCAAUUUGAUCACAUCACCUGCGACACACGUCCUCGUGAUAACGUUCUGACCCAUGAGGGCCCAGAAGUCAUCAACACAUUACUGACUGGCAUUGCAGCUGGUGUGAUCUCAUCGAAAGACAAUCUGUAUUUUCACCUAAUGUCUUUGAGUUGACAGGAAUGAUCCUUGAUCCGCCUUUGGUCCCGCCCCUACCUCCAACUCGCUGCCCUUGCUCAGACCACACCCAUCUUCUGACGCAGCCCUCAUUUGGUCUCACUGUGGAGACACAAAUACACACACACACACACACACACACACACACACACACACAAACUCCCAACAUGAACAAUACCAGCCUUGCCGUCGCGGCUGGUAAUAAUACAGGAUCAUCACUGGAAAUUAUCUGAAAGUUUGUUUUCUAAAUUUCCACAAACCUUUCUGAACCACAAAACAGCAAAAGGCUUGAUACAAAUGCUAAUAAUGAAAUGCAGAUAAAAGAACUUUUCCUGUAAAGCAAAUGGCCGGGGGGGCUAAAAUCUUUUUCUUUGUAACACCAGCACUUUGCCAGAUUUACAGUGUCUGCUGUGGGCGCGGGUUGAUUCUUAAGUGAAGGCAAAUAUUCUUCUUUAGAAAAAGUGCCUGAAAUUGUCUUUUUGGGGCGGAAUAAAACAUGAUUUCAAGUAUGUGUAAAUUAUUAUUAUUUUAUUCUUUUAUCACUGUAUGACUCAGAACUGCAGCCCAAAAGAUUGUAUUAAACCCUGUUGGGGGGUUUAUAGCACCUGUGGCCACAUCACAAAUGCCAACACAAAAUAAAACAAAAUAACAACUCAAAUCUUGAUAGGUUCUGGGGAAAGUUCAGUUAAGCAGAAUGCUUUGUUCCCUCUCAGUGUCUGAUCAAUAACAGUCACUCUGACAUCCUGACAGAGACUCGCACUUUUCCAUUGAAGCUGCCCUCCUUAAAAAUCUGUGUUAAAUCGCAUUUGGAAAAUGCCCACAAGGUCCUGAUGGGUUUUCUGUGCAUGUGCUUGUGUGUCCCCUAUUGUGCUCAGUUGGAUAACAAAUUAACUGCAUCACACAAGUUAAUCUUCUCACUUAAUCUAUUAGGAAUCACACAUUAUUGCAAAUUUUUGGCAUAACUUCGGAGAGUGAAUAUAUAUAAUGGGUUUUGUGUUAUUUGUGUCCUUUAUAAAUUCUCUCAAAGCAUUUGAAAAUAGCGACAGUUCAUUUGCCAGGAAAAAAAGAACAACUUGUAAAUCUGAUUUUGGUGAUUUGAUUAUCUUGCAAGCAUAAAAAUUCCAGCACACCCCAGUAAUGUCCAGAUUGUCUUAGUUCAUUACUUUAGUCAUACAUAACUACAAAUCUGUGUUUAAUAUUUGAUGAUCUGUUUUCAAGCAUUGCAAAUUCCUUCAUCAUCUAACCAUUAUUUAAUGUUUCAUCUUUGGCUCCUGUCCUUUUCAUGGUUGCAGCAGUAGAUGCCUAAAACAGACUAGAUACAUUCUGUUUACUUGUUUUUUUCUACUUCUGGAAAUGAUAGAAUGGUUCUUGGUUUGAUUCUGACCUACUGCAACAUUGCAGCAUAGAAACUUCAAAUACAACUGGAGAAAUAAUUUUUCAACAAGAACUGAUAUAGAAAACUCUGUUCAAUAACAAUAACUAAUAUAUUCCUUCUUUAUUUUAAAGGAAUGUGGCCAUGAUUUACUUCAGAUGAAAUGAGGUGUAACCACAACUCAGUUGUUUAUUUGCAGAUUUGGUGUUUCCAAUCAGCAAAAGUUAUGUCAGUGCCUCUAAAAUGAUAAUAAUAUGAACAUGGUUUCCAAGGGUCCUGAACAAAUCUGAAAUCAAAAAUCCUUAUUUUGAAGUGUUUUGAAUAUGAUUUUGACUGGUCUAAAAAGAAAAUUGAUAAUCAAAUCUAUACGACUGUUGUUAAGGUUGUUAAGUUAAACUAAUUCUGCCAUGAAAAAACCCAACAGCAAAUGCACACACAUAGUUGUGUGACAUGUAGUCAUGUUCACGGUGAACGUGAAUAAAUUCACUAGCUUUGCCAGUAAUGCUGGGACAUUGAUUUUCCCCUUUCCCUUUUAUGGUUCUUUAAUUUUUUUCCCAGUACAGACGUGAAAUAGGUCUUGAAUUCCGUCCUUAAUGAUCUCAAAAAAGUAUUAAGUUGAAAACUACGGAAAGUCUGUAUGAAAAAGUACUCCGACACCAGUUUCUGGACAAUAACAUUUGCCUUUUAAAAUGAAGAACUUUAAAUGCCUGACAGCAACACAUCUAAUUAUGAUUUUAUUGCAGCUUUAAAAAUCCACCGUCUCUGUUUCAACAUGUGAAAUGUUUCUGGGGUGAGAUCAGUCUAUUCCAGGACUAAAUGGCCCACAAAUUUCAUAACCGACUAUUUGAUGUCUCAAGAUCUUAUUCGGAUGGUCAUUCACUGGAUUUACUUGGCGUUGCAUGAAGAUUGUUUGAGUGUGGCGACCUGAAUUAUACUGAAUGUCACGUGGCGGCUGUUUUGAUCUCUGCAAUAGGAGUCCAUCUUUAUCAAUAAUAACAGGUACAUAAAGGCAAUCUGAAACUUAAAACCCAGACAAAUACUAAUUAUGAAAUGUUUAAUCUUUCAAACACCCUCUCUUUUGUCUCUGGUCCAUCAGUAAUACGGUUGUGAAGGUGAAUUCCUGUUUCUGAUUAAACUCAUUUGUUUUUUAACUCUU